UCAUUCUUUUUUUAUGUCAUUGCAGGACAUUCAACUACAUCCUGAGAGAGCUGCCCAAAGUACCCACUCAUGUUCCAGUGUGUGUCCUAGGUAACCACAGGGACAUGGGUGACCACCGUGUCAUUCUACCUGAUGACAUCCGCCAGGUUAUCGCUAAUCUGAAUAGGUAGUGAAUUUAACUCUCUGUUUUAGUCUUAUUAGGGUUGCAAAGUUGUGAUAACAUUACCAAAAUGUCCUGAUUUUCCUGAAAUCCCGGUUGGAAUAUUCCUGCAAUCAAGAGGGAAUAAGCACAAAAUCCUGAACCGUCCCCCCCCCCCCAACCAAGAUUUUAAAAACACUUCGGAAUUGGGGUAAAGUUAACAGAAUUUUGCUAUGAUUAAUGUGUCCAUAUACUUGACUGAUGGUUUCUAUGGUUUCUUGCAGACCCAUGGGUUCUUCUUAUAUUCACUACGCUGAAGCCUCUAUGAAGAAUGGAUUUGGUUUGAAAUAUUUACAUAGAUUUUUCAACAUUCCUUUCCUGCAACUUCAGGUUAGUUCUAGCUUAGACUACAUUGUAUUGUGAAAUGUAUAGCUUUGCUAUUGUCAUAACCUUCUUAUGAAUUUCAUGAAGGUCGGAAAAUGUGAUCAGCAAUACCACAGACAAACCCUGUGAAAGGGUUUCUCCUUUCUUUUGAAAGGAGUGUUAGUGCUCUGGUUCAUGGUCAGUCAUUUCCAGCCCUCCCCGUUGAUCUCUACAGAGGGAGACUCUGUUACGGCAGCUCGAGACCAACCAGUUAGACAUGGACGCCACUCUGGAGGAGCUCACCGUGCAGCAGGAGACUGAGGAUCAAAACUAUGAAAUGUAAUGUGAUAUUUUCCCUCUCUAUCAGUUUGUUUGGCAUGUACAGCAAUAUUUUCACUCAGAUUGCAUCAGUGUGUUUGUUUUGAUCAUUAACACUUGUAGACACAUGUUUCUUACUUUCUUCAUGCAGCACUGAUUUGCCAAUACUAACAGCACAGCACCCAUUGUUUUACAGUUUCUUGGAGAACAUAGAGACCCGCAGUAAAGGCUAUGGUUCUCCUGGUCCAGCCAACGGCCAGAGCCCCUCCUCGGGCUCCCAGUCCCCUAUCGUCCCUCCAAGUGGGGCCUCCACUGGCAAUUCUAGCCCUAGUACCCCUCAUCAGCCACCCAUCGCUGCCCAGGUCCCCGGCCUCCAGGCGCCCUCGCCCUCGCCCUCUCCUCCGCCUCCUGCCCUGCCAGCUGGGAUGGUUUCCGCCACAGCUGAGCUUCAGUCCCCAACUCUGACACAGGCUCAGAGUCCUGAGCAUCCUGGACCAUCACCGUCUCCCCCAGCCUCGGCCCCUGCCCAGGCCCCGCCUCCUCAGAAACGUGGCCUGAUCUCACGCCUCUUUGGCUCCGCCCCCGCCCCAGAGGUGCCUGCCGCCAUGCCAGGUGAGUCUGGUUGGUGCUUCAGUGUUCCGCUACUCCGUUAUAGCAAAGACGAAUGGCUAAAAGGAGCAGGUGGCUGGGGAGUGCUGGCGAUCACCUGUAUGGUGUGGCAAUUCAACAUGUAGAAUCGUCAGGAAAUAAACAAAAAAUGAUGGCCAAUGUUCUGGUCAGAGGCGAUAGGACGGCCACCCACUGAUUUUAACCGUUUGUCGUCGGUCUGUUUUGUCCUAUAUUUUAUCCUAAAUGCCUGGAAAAGGACUAGACUAUGCAUGUUAUACACAUGAGUGUAUUCGACCAGAAAGUAGUCACAUGAUAUCUUCUUGAAUUAUUGGAUUUCUGUGAAGUACUUGUAAGGAUCACUGGCCUGCCUGGCACUGGAACAUCAUGUGAGGGAAAGGAUUUUUAAAACUAAAUUAAUUAAGUUAGCAUGCUAGAACCUUCUACAGUUGAAGUCGGAAGUUUACGUACACUUAGGUUGGAGUCAUUAAAACUCGUUUUUCAACCACUCCACAAAUUUCUUGUUAACAAACUAUAGUUUUGGCAAGUCGGUUAGGACAUCUACUUUGUGCUUGACACAAGUAAUUUUUCCAACAAUUGUUUACAGACAGAUUAUUUCACUUAUAAUUCACUGUAUCACAAUUCCAGUGGGUCAGACGUUUACAUACACUAAGUUGACAUGUGGCUUGGAAAAUUCCAGAAAAUUAUGUCAUGGCUUUAGAAGCUUCUGAUAGGCUAAUUGACAUCAUUUGAGUCAAUUGGAGGUGUACCUGUGGAUGUAUUUCAAGGCCUACCUUCAAACAGUGCCUCUUUGCUUGACAUCAUGGGAAAAUCAAAAGAAAUCAACCAAGACCUCAGAAAAUAAAUUGUAGACCUCCACAAGUCUGGUUCAUCCUUGGGAGCAAUUUCCAAACGUCUGAAGGUACCACGUUCAUCUGUAUAAACAAUAGUACGCAAGUAUAAACACCAUGGGACCACGCAGCCGUCAUACCGCUCAGGAAGGAGGCGCAUUCUGUCUCCUAGAGAUGAAUGUACUUUGGUGCGGAAAGUGCAAAUCAAUCCCAGAACAACAGCAAAGGACCUUGUGAAGAUGCUGGAGGAAACAGGUACAAAAGUAUCUAUAUCCACAGUAAAACAAGUCCUAUAUCGACAUAACCUGAAAGGCUGCUCAGCCAGGAAGAAGCCACUGCUCCAAAAACGCCAUAAAAAAGCCAGACUACGGUUUGCAACUGCACAUGGGGACAAAGAUCGUACGUUUUGGAGAAAUGUCCUCUGGUCUGAUUAAACAAAAAUAGAACUGUUUGGCCAUAAUGACAAUCGUUAUAUUUGGAGGAAAAAGGGGGGCUUGCAAGCCGAAGAACACCAUCCCAACCGUGAAGCACGGGGGUGGCAGCAUCAUGCUGUGGGGGUGCUUUGCUGCAGGAGGGACUGGUGCACUUCACAAAAUAGAUGGCAUCAUGAGGAAGGGAAAUUAUGUGGAUAUAUUGAAGCAACAUCUCAAGACAUCAGUCAGGAAGUUAAAGCUUGGUCGCAAAUGGGUCUUCCAAAUUGACAAUGACCCCAAGCAUACUUCCAAAGUUGUGGCAAAAUGGCUUAAGGACAACAAAGUCAAGGUAUUGGAGUGGCCAUCACAAAGCCCUGACCUCAAUCCUAUAGAAAAUGUGUGGGCAGAACUGAAAAAGCGUGUGCGAGCAAGGAGUCCUACAAACCUGAAUCAGUUACACCAGCUCUGUCAGGAGGAAUGGGCCAACAUUCACCCAACUUAUUGUGGGAAGCUUGUGGAAGGCUACCCGAAACGUUUGACCUAAGUUAAACAAUUUAAUGGCAAUGCUACUAAAUACUAAUUGAGUGUAUGUAAACUUCUGACCCACUGGGAAUGUGAUGAAAUAAAUAAAAGCUGAAAUAAAUAAUUCUCUCUACUAUUAUUCUGACAUUUCACAUUCUUAAAAUAAAGUGGUGAUCCUAACUGACCUAAAACAGGGAAUUUGUACUAGGAUUAAAUGUCAGGAAUUGUGAAAAACAGAGUUUAAAUGUAUUUCGCUAAGGUGUAUGUAAACUUCUGACUUCAACUGUAUGUGGUUAACGCCAGACUCUUUUGGCAGUUUUACAAAACAACACUUUAUAUUGAGGGAAGUAACUCAUUGAUCUUUUAACUCAAUAGAGUUAAGAAGAAAGGGUUUAAUUUGCCUAUUUUCCCUCCACAUCAAGACAGUCACACUUACAUUAUGCUUGGUUGUUUUCAUGUAAACCAUCAUGUUGAGAUGAGGAAGGCCUAAUACUGUACAAUAUCAUUGUAAGUAAGUCUAUGCUGUUGAUUAAUAACUAAGGAUGAGUCCCAAUUGGCACCCUGUUCCCUAUAUAGUGCAAUACUUUUGAACAGGGUCAAAACACACAGUAGUGCACUAUAAAAAUAGGUUGCCAUUUGGAACACAUCAAAGGCUCUUCUGAUCACUGCUGUCUGUCUUCAGAGCCGGAGCCUGCCCCCGUGUGUCCUGCUAACGUUCAGAGUGUGGAUGACUUUGUGCCAGAUGAGGGUCUGGAUAAAAGCUUCCUGGAGGACAGCCUUCCCUCUAAAGUCAAGGUUCCCCAACCUGCACUGGAAAGUGACAGGUAAGUAGUAUUAGAGUAGGGGUUCUUACUUUCACAGAUGAGAACGUAUCCCUGGAUGCGUCUCAAAUGGCACCCUAUUCACAUAGGGCUCUGGUAAAAAUGAGUGCACUAUAUAAUAUGGUGACAUUUGGGACGUGGUCUGUAUUGCCACUAGGUUUAUUUCUUUCCCUGCUGGAAAACAUGCUCUAUGUUUACAGCACACAGUACCAUCUGCAGCAGGCCAUCUGUGGUGAGAGUUUUCAGAUGGCUCUAUUUAUUCAAUGCUUCCAUUGAAUAAAUUGUGGAAGGAGAGGAUUCAAGAAUCGCAAACAGUGCUUCAUUUAAUAGAUAGUUGUUAUUUUAUACGUUCUAGGGGGUAGAACCAAAGAGUAUUCCAGCAUUCUCUCAUUUUUGUAGAAUUUCAUCUGAAGUUUCUAUUGAAGUUCCAUAUUUUGUGUCGUCUUAUAUUAAAGUACCAUAUAUAUAUAUAUAUAUACAUACAGUACCAGUCAAAAGUUUGGACACACCUACUCAUUCAAGGGUGUUUCUUUAUUUUUACUAUUUUCUACAUUGUAGAAUAAGAGGGAAGACAUCAAAACUAUGAAAUAACACAUAUGGAAUCAUGUAGUAACCAAAAAAGUGUUAAACAAAUCAAAAUAUAUUUUAUAUUUGAGAUUCUUCAAAUAGCCACCCUUUGCCAUGAUGACAGCUUUGCACACUCUUGGCAUUCUCUCAACCUGUUUCACCUGGAAUGCUUUUCCAACAGUCUUGAAGGAGUUCCCACAUAUGCUUAGCACUUGUUGGCUGCUUUUCCUUCACUCUGCCGUCCAACUCAUCCCAAACCGUCUCAAUUAGGUUGAGGUCGGGGAAUUGUGGAGGCCAGGUCAUCUGAUGCAGCACUCCCUCUCCUUCUUGGUAAAAUAGCCCUUACACAGCCUGAAGGUGUGUUGGGUCAUUGUCCUGUUGAAAAACAAAUGAUAGUCCCACUAAGCCCAAACCAGAUGGGAUGGCGUAUCGCUGCAGAAUGCUGUGGUAGCCAUGCUGGUUAAGUGUCCCUUGAAUUCUAAAUAAAUCACUGACAGUGUCACCAGCAAAGCACCCCCACACCAUCACACCUCCUCCUCCAUGCUUUACGGUGGGAAAUACACAUGCGGAGAUCAUCCGUUCACCCACACGGUGUCCCACAAAGACAUGGCGGUUGAAACCAAAAAUCUCCAAUUUGGACUCCAGACCAAAGGACAGAUUUCCACCGGUCUAAUGUCCAUUGCUUGUGUUUCUUGGCCCAAACUAGUCUCUUCUUAUUAUUGAUGUCCUUUAGUUGUGGUUUCUUUGCAGCAAUUCAACCAUGAAGGCCUGAUUCACACACACUGUCUCCUCUGAACAGUUGAUGUUGAGAUGUGUCUGUUACUUGAACUCUGUGAAGCAUUUAUUUGGGCUGCAAUUUCUGAGGCUGGUACCUAAUGAACUUAUCCUCUGCAGCAGAAGUAACUCUGGGUCUUCCAUUCCUGUGGCGGUCCUCAUGAGAGCCAGUUUCAUUAUAGUGCUUGAUGGUUUUUGCGACUGUACUUGAAGAAACUUUCAAAGUUCUUGGCAUUUUCUGUAUUGACUGACCUUCAUGUCUUAAAGUAAUGAUGGACUGUCGUUUCUCUUUGCUUAUUUGAGCUGUACUUGCCAUAAUAUGGACUUGGUCUUUUACCAAAUUGGGCUAUCUUCUGUAUACCCACCCCUACCUUGUCACAACACAACUGAUUGGCUCAAACGCAUUAAGAAGGAAUUCGACAAAUUAACUUUUAAGAAGGCACACCUAUUAAUUGAAAUGCAUUCCAGGUGACUACCUCAAUAAGCUGGUUGAGAGAAUGCCAAGAGUGUGCAAAGCUAUUUGAAGAAUCUCAAAUAAAAAAUAUAUUUUGAUUUGUUUAACGCUUUUUUGGUUACUACAUGAUUCCAUAUGUGUUAUUUCAUAGUUUUGAUGUCUUCACUAUUAUUCUACAAUGUAAAAAUAAAGAAAAACCCUUGAAUGAGUAGGUGUUCCAAAACUUGUGACCGGUAGUCUAUAUACUGUAUUUAUUAUUAUUAUUAUUAUUAUUAUAAUUAUUAUUAUGAUCAUCUAUUAAAGUGAUGGAGAGGACAGAGGGAACCCCAUGGUGGCAGGUUAUCAGGAUGAGUUAGACCCAGAUGACAAGGAGCUGCCCCUGCCCAACACCCUGGGCCUUCUCACCAGUAAAGACUUCACUAUGUCUAGCGAUGAGGAGGAGGUGGAAGCACAGCCCCCACCACCAUCACCACUAGUACCUGCUGUCACUCAGGUUGACCACUUCGACCUUGACAGUGAUUCAGAGCUGAAACAGUAAGCCUCUUAUAUCCAGCAUAUCCGUUAAUGUAAUGUAGUCUUAUCAAGAGUAAACCAUUUCAGUUUAAGUAACUUUAGUUAUAUUUAGAAUUAUAUAAACUCAUAUCUAGUUGUUUAUUUCUUUUUUUGUCAUCUGUUUUAGAAACUCAUUUUUAUCAUAUACAUUAAUAGAUGACUCUUGUCAUCAAGAGUAAAACAGCAAGUAGCUUAGUGGUUAAGAGCGUUGUGCCAGUAACUGAAAGGUUGCUGGUUCUAAUGCCCGAGCCGACUAGGUGAAAAAUCUGUCGAUGUGCCCUUGAGCAAGGCACUUAACCCUAAUUGCUCCUGUAAGUCGCUCUGGAUAAGGGCGUCUGCUAAAUGACUAAAAUGUAAAUGUAAUGUUUUUGUACUCUGUUUUAGACUGGGCACUGAGUCCAUAAUGCCCCAUGCCAUGGAGCCCCAAGCUCCGGAGCCUUUGGCACCUGCUGACCAACUCUUGGAGAACACUGUCCCCCAGGUGGCUGAGCCCAUCACCCUCACCCUGACCUCUGCACCUGCAGUAGCCCUGGAGCAGCCAGGCCCACCCAGAGGGAAAAACGGAGGAACCCCUGGGGCAGACUCGGACUCUGACCCAGGGGCCCCUGUUGCUGAACAGAUGCUCUCCUUCGUCAUGGAUGAUCUUGACUUUGAGUCUGAGGAGGAGGCAGUCAUCCAGAAGAUAACUAAGGUAGCUAGGUCAAAAGGAUGUUAGUUAGGGUUGUAGGCUACAAGUCAUCAUAGUUAGAUUGAGUAGUCAACCUAUAGAAAUUACUUUCCUGGUCAAAUAUGUAGUGCUGCAUUUGUGAAAUAUCCAAUAAAUUUUCAAUAUAUUAUUUGAUGGACCUUUUUGGUUUGGAUGCAUGGUUACAAUGUAUAUUGGUAUUUGUGAUAGUUUGGACUUAUUUCCCUCUGCAUCCAUCCACAGGAGGUUUUCCCAGUCAGGGAUGAAGUACUGUCUGAUCUGGAGCUGUCAGAUGAUGACAUCCCUCCAGCCACGCUGAUCCCAGAGCCUCUGAAGCCCACACCGGUCCUGAAGCCCUCCUUUAAGAGCAAGAAUGAGACAGACCUGUUUGGCUUGGGCUUUAAGGAGGAAGAAGCCCCCAAAGCCAAGGACAGCAGUGAGGACCAAGAAGGCAAGUCCACUACCACAAAUCUAUAGAGAACAGGGUCGCAUUCAUUAGUGCAUACUGUAUUUAAAAGUUUUGCAAUGUAAAACAAAAACAAUUGUUUAUUUUUGGACAAGAGUUUAGAUAGUCCUUCUCUGAUUCAAUCCGUUUUCUUUCGUUUGGCGUCUAGUGAAUACAUCCAUGUACCAUAGAAUAGUAUCCUAGCACAUGACAGAGAACCGUACCAAAGCGUAUCACAUAAAACCAAAUUACAUUGUAUUAAUUAAUUUCUCAAAUUAUAUAAAUUGCUUUUCAGAGAAGGAAAGCAAACAUUCCUCAAAAGAAAAGAAGAAAAAGAAGAAGAAAAGCAAAGAAGUAAGGGAGUGGAUGUCUUUUCAGAUGGCGGUCUUGUCAAGUGAAUGGAUGAGUGUUUAUACAGGAUAGUGGACAUACAUUUUAAAAACAGAAAUACGAGAUUCUGUAAAAAUAAUUCUGCCUUUUUUCUUAGGAGGAUGAGAAGAGCAGCAAGAAGAAGCAUAAAAAGGACAAGAAGAAGGAGAAAGAUGAGACCGGAACAGGUGAUGACAAAGAGAGGAAAAAGAAGAAAUCUCGGACCAAGAAAACCGGGGACAUGGAUGACUUGGAGGAUUUCUUGGCUGGAGGGGAGGGGUCAGCAAAUAGAGAGGGCGGAGACUAUGAAGAACUCUAGAACCCAAGUCAUCCUUUUUUGGAACUUGACUCUGAAGAGCUGCAGAACCCAAGUUGUCGUUUGAAACUUGUAUGGUUCCUAGAACCAGAUUCAUUUGUGCACAAGCAGCAUCCGCAAGCCAUACCCAUGGUUCAUGGUCACCCAUUCCCAGGCAAAAACCUAGACUCUGCGGUGGCUGUAUGAUGCAUUAAUAUUAUUUCCCAUGAGCACUACUGAUGCUGUAACACAUGAUCUUUGGAUGAGAUGAGAUGAGAAACUAGGUUGAAGAUAAAAUCGUGUUACCUUCAACCAAGAGGAGAAAAGGGAAGGAAAUGACUGACACCCACUGUGAUGCAAGCUAUAUGUUCACUACUGGGUAUGGAAGUUAGUAGAGCCACUAAGGAAAUAUUUUUAUUUUG